AGAAAAAAAUAAUAAAAUAGGUGAAAAAGGAAAUAUGAAUAGGAGAAUUUCCCAGCCUCUUGGUAAGUAAUGAAACAAAUCUCAGAACGCAAAGUAGAAGUUGUUAUAUAAUAUAAGGGUGGAUGCUCUUGUUUCAAAGGAAAAGGAAGGGCCUUGAUCUUCUGCUUAGGUUCUUCACCUAUCUCCUGUCAAGAGAACAGCCCAACCAACAUGGAUGGACAAACUGCAGGAUUGUAUUCUGACAUGGGAAUGGAAGACAGCCUUUUUGAUCAGUGGGGGGUAAUGGAUCAGCUCACAGCUGCAGAAAUCGCAGCAGCUCUAGGGCAUAACUUCCAACAGUCCAUCUCUUCGGAGAGCUACAACUCAUUUACCUCAGACCAAGCUCCAAUGAGCAGCGAAAGGCCUAAGAAAGCUCUCAAGGCCACUAGCUGGAGUUCUUGCACCACAGAGCAGAAUUCAGCUCUGGCGCCUAAUACCUCAUUCCCCAGCAUCCUCACCUUCAGCAACCUGGACUCGCCCGAAGAACAGAAGAACCCUUAUGGGAGCCUUGUGGGAGUGGUGAAGCCCAAGAAGGAGGUGAAUGGUAUGGUUGGAUCCGAGAGAAAGUAUGAUACUAUUGUUAGGCAAGCAAACAAGGGUUCCCAUAUCCGGAGUAGGUCAAGCUAUGACAAUAAGGAACACAUUAUUGCUGAAAGGAAGAGAAGAGAGAAGCUCAGCCAGAGGUUUAUAGCUUUGUCUGCCAUUGUGCCUGGCCUAAAGAAGAUGGACAAGGCUUCUGUUCUUGGUGAUACAAUCAGGUAUCUGAAAGAACUGGACGAAAAGGUGAAGGUCCUGGAAGAGCAAGCUGCAAAGAGGACCGUUGAGUCUUCAGUCCUUGUGAAAAAAUCUCAGCUCAGUGCCGACGAUGACAGUUCCUUCUGCGACGACGAGAACUUUGAAUAUGGGCAGCGGAGAUUCGGCGAGUCGCUCCCGGAGAUCGAAGCUAAGAUGUCUGAGAAAUCCAUCCUCAUCAAAAUUCACUGCGAGAAUGGCAAAGGAGUGCUGGUGAAAGCACUGUCUGAGGUCGAGAAGUGCCACCUCUCUGUUGUCAGUGGCAGUGUCAUACCUUUUGCUGGCUCUUCCCUUGAUAUCACUAUAAUGGCUCAGAUUGAACAAGGGUUCAAUAUGACAGUGAAGGAUCUAGUCAAGAAGCUGGGCACUGCUUUCAGGAAGAACACAUGAAGAAAACUGCUAACUCUUUUCGUUAGUCUUUUUAGAGCUCUUUCCUCAGCCAAGGACAUUAUAUCCCCUCGUUUACCUCAAGAUCACCACUUUUGUUGCCUAGGCUUUUCUGAUCCCUUGUUUUUCUUUUCCUCUUUAUUUCUUUUUACAGUCUUGUCCAAUUUUUGCAUGAUCAAUUUAGUUGACCAUGUUCACGAGGGACAAGAUACAUCGAUUGCUUGUAUCAUUCUACCCCACGCAUGUUUUCUAUCAUCUUUUUGAGGGCUUCCUCGGGGAGUUUGCUUUUGGGAAAACUUGAAAAAAGAAAAGAAAAGAAAAGAAAAGAAGGCUUCUUCUUUCUCCCCUUUCAGUUAGCCCUGCUUGUUUCAUCUUUAGUCUUCUUUGUUUACGAAAAGCUCCGCUGUGGAAAAAAUGGUGGUGAUCUUUGUAUUUUGGGUUGUAGAAAAAAAAAGAAGUCCUUGUUUAGGGAAGGUGGUUCUUUUUCUACUAUCUCGAGUCCUUUUUGCAUCUCUUAUGUUUGUAAGCAACAGCAAUGUAGUUGUAAUACUUCAGGAGUUGAAUGUUGGUUAUUAUGGGUGAUGCGAUGGA